GCUCUGCGGCGUCGCUGGCUAGUGGUCCAACUCCUGAUGCAGGUGUGGCUGGCGGCAAAUCCAUCUUUGAGCGAGCGCCAAUGCCCCAAGAGCUGUCGCUGUGAUGGGAAAAUUGUCUACUGUGAGUCAAGCGCCUUUCGAGAUGUCCCGAAGAACCUCUCUGGAGGCUGUGAAGGCCUGUCUUUACGGUACAACAGCCUCGUCAGUCUUCGAGCAGGCCAGUUUGUAGGCCUCAACCACCUCAUCUGGCUCUACUUGGACCACAAUUACAUUGCCACUGUGGAUGUAAUGGCCUUUCAGGGGGUCCGCAGGCUCAAGGAGCUGAUCCUGAGUUCCAACAAGAUCACGUCCCUCCACAACACCACAUUCCACCCUGUCCCUAAUUUGCGAAAUCUGGACCUGUCGUAUAACAAACUGCAAGCCUUGCAGCCUGGGCAGUUCCAGGGCCUACGGAAGCUUCUCAGCCUACACAUACGGUCAAAUUCCCUGAAAACCGUUCCAAUGCGUCUUUUCCAAGAUUGCAGAAAUCUUGAGUUUCUGGAUCUGGGAUACAACCGCUUGCGCAGUAUCACCCGGAAUGCAUUUUCAGGCCUAGUGAAGCUCACUGAGCUGCAUCUGGAGCAUAAUCAGUUCUCAAAGAUCAAUUUCUCACACUUCCCUCGCCUCUACAAUCUGCGGGCGCUUUACCUGCAGUGGAAUCGCAUUCGCUCAAUGAGCCAGGGCCUGACCUGGACUUGGGCCUCCAUCCAGAAACUGGAUCUGUCUGGAAAUGAUUUGAUGGAAGUUGAUGCUGUGGUUUACCAAUGCCUACCCAACCUGCAGACCCUCAAUCUGGACUCCAACAAGCUGACCAACAUCUCCCAGGAGGUGGCUGAUGCCUGGAUCUCUCUGACAACGAUUAGCCUAGCUGGGAAUGUAUGGGACUGUGGCCCUGCGAUCUGUCCUCUGGUGUCAUGGCUGAGGAAUUUCAAAGGUGCAAAGGAGACCACGAUGAUCUGCGCCUCCCCCAAGAAAGCCCAGGGUGAGAAAGUGAUGGACGCUGUCGAAGCUUUUGGUGUUUGUCAAUCGAACCAACCGGCAACGCUCACUGUGAGUAUUCCUCCAUCCCCGUCCAGCAUCCCUGUGCAGACUGAACGCCGCCCAGCUAUUCUGGCUUUUCCCACUAGUCCUGGAAAGAGAGGAGAGGGGUCUAUCAGAGGCCCCACAUUGUCAGCCGUUACACCCCCUGUGGCACCUCCGCCAGAACAAGACAUGGAACCCGUGUCCUUCCAUAAGAUUGUGGCUGGAAGCGUCGCCCUUUUUCUAUCGGUUGCCAUGAUCCUGUUGGUUAUCUACGUGUCUUGGAAGCGCUAUCCCAGUAGCGUCAAGCAGCUGCAGGAGCAUUCGGCAGCAGCCCGCAAACGUCGCAAGAAAGCCAGAGAGACGGAGCGCACCCUGAGCUCUCCACUGCAGGAGUACUAUGUGGACUACAAGCCCACCAAUUCUGAGGCCAUGGACGUGCUCGUGAACGGGACCGGACCCUGCACCUACACCAUCUCAGGCUCCCGAGAAUGCGAGGUAUGACCCACACCACCGCCACUCCUCCUAAAGCAAACUAUGUCCACAGCUCGGCG